ACUGUGACAACUUUUGAAUGAACACGCAGCACAACCACCAUCUUAAGUCACGAAGAUCUUUUUUGGAUUCACCUUGGACAAACAUUGCACAUCUUAUAAUUAUUAAUGUCUCUGCCUCCCCGCCUUCGUGGCCACAGUGUUGCUCUUUCCUCCAUGGAAUCAACGCCUGAACCUGGCCUCGGAAUGUCACAUAAUACCCUCAAACGAAGUCGUUCACAGACCCUCAAUGCAAUCCCAGAGGAGCUACCUGACCUUCCGAAGCUUACAGGGCAUAUUAUUCUCCAAGUCUUCACCCAUAGAUCUCUCCGACUGGCGUGCAAUGCGCAAUUUCAUGACAAUGAGCGAUUGGCGGUCCUUGGCCACAAUAUUUUGGAGAUGAUGACAACGGAUUUGCUUUUCUCCCGAAAACCCAGGCUUACAGUGCAUCAAAUUGAGGUACAACGGACCCAACUCUUGACUGACGAAACAAUUGAUAUCUGGUCAAAACUAUACCGGCUGCGAGAGGAGCUUCGUUGUGACCCCAGGUGUCUACAAUCACUCCAGAUUCCCGAGGAAGGGCGCCUAAUAUUCAAUGCCUAUCUGGGAGCCGUGUUCCUCGAGCACGGGCUCCAGACAGUGCACGAGUGGAUAGGCGGCCUCCUUCGGCUGUCCACUACGAUACUGAACGAUAAUCACGAUAUGGAUGUUGAUUUCCCCUCGAUAACUUCAAAGCCAUCAUCGCCUACUCCCAUCUCAAAACGAAUUAAAGUUGAGGAGCCUUCUGCUCCUCCGCCACCGUUACCAUCAUUCCCUCCUCCACCAGUUUACCAACUGCCAUCACGUUUUUCGCCGCACCAGCCGCCCCCACAGACACGGUCUUUGGUGCACCCGCUGCCACCACCAUUUAUACAACCACGAUCCAAUUUUCCGCUGACCUCCCCUUAUAAUCCGUACUUGCGGCCACCUCUUGCUAGACUGCCGUCUCCCCCAAGGAUCUCACCUCCGAAUCCGUUGGCCCCUGCUCAACCUCACCUUGCAUUUCUACCACUGUUCAAUCAAACAGCUCAUCAACGUGGUGUGAGCGUCAGUUACCCAGCGUCAUUGGUGGGUCCUCCUCAUGCCGGAAAAUGGAACGUGACUUGCGUUGUUGAUGGGAUCGAGAAGGGUAAAGGAUCCAGCGACACUAAACAGCAAGCUAAAGAACAAGCUGCGAGACAGGCUUACUACGAGAUGGGAUGGGCACCUCGAGGUUAGCGCCAUCAGAUGCAGGGGUACUAGGCGUUUCUCAUAGCAGUGCUAUUCGGGCAAGUUCCAACCACGGUCUCUUACCGGAGCAUAUGGCUGUGUGCCCGAACAGCACUAUUAUAAGAUAUAUGAGUUGUCUGAUGUCGUGCGUUCGUAGGAACGGAAUAGCGAGCAGGUAUUGAUUCUUCUCCAUAAUUUUUCGUCGCGGACGGACUACGCUAAAUCAGGUAUAGAGGGUUAUCUGUAGGAGCAUUACAUAGUAGGGACCAACGUGACCAUGCUAGUCCACAGGAGAUGAAGUCUAAUUAUUAUCUUGUUCGCGUCA